AUGUCAUUGCCCGACGCGGCGCGUUCCGCAACCGUCGCAUGGCUCUACCUGACGUCUUGCGGCCCGCCGCUGUCGCGCCCCCCUCGCGCCCCGCAACCGAGGCGCCCAUCGUUUGCGAACCGCCUGCUCACCUUUGUGCGCUCCCGAUCGCGUCUUUCUCGCCCACCGCGCGCCGCCCCGAAGCCCGAAAUCACGGACGAGGAGUGGCGCCAACUUAUUCUGGAGUUUGAGCAACGCGCCGAUGACAAGUAUGAUCCAGAGGCCAUCCCGCCCGCGGGCAGGCUCGGUCGCCUUGACCCGGCCCAGUUUGAGUCACUGUCAUACGUCUUCUGCGGCGCUAUGACCGCCAUCACGACUGUGUUUUGGUACCUCGGUCGCAUUUUGAGGAUGGAUUCGGUUUUGUUGCUGUUUUACCCGCUCCCCGCAAUGUAUGUCGCCUCGAGGUUUGGACUCAGGUUUGCGGAUUUGACCCUGUUGUGCUCCGUCUUUCUUAUAUUUACCGUCAUGGGGCCGCUGUAUGCUGGUUUGUACUUUUUGAAUACGGGGUUGCUAAUACUUACCUAUUCCCGUGCAUUGUGGUAUCGAUGGGGCUGGAAAUUGACGUUGCUUGGAGGGGGUCUCGCCAAAGGUGUCGGUCUUGCGUUGCAGCUGGCCUGGAUUAGUGUCAUUUUAAGGUACAAUGCGUGGAAGGCCGCCGCAAUACAAGUUACCGCCAUGCUGACUUUCAUGGGCAACAUUGCUAACAAGGUCCUUGGGAGGGUGGUCUUUGGCGAGCCGGGUAUGUCUGCAGUGCAAGCUGGCCUAUCUGUCGUUGUUGUCCUGCACUCGUUUUAUCACGUCUUUUUCACACUGUUGUUUAUGUCGAUACUGCUUACCAGGCUCAGAGCACACCUUGUCAGGGAGCCGCCAGAUGUACCCGGUGUGGAAUGGUUGUUGAAAAGAGCAACCCGCAGCAAGACUAGCUAG